GCUCGCUCAUUCCGCAUCAUACGACUUUCACGCCACCACAAAUUAAACCCCGUCAAAAUACUCAUUCACAGCCGACUUUCAAAGCGCUAAACAAAAACAAAAUCAUUCGUUUGGUUUUAGUCAUAAUCGCCUAGUUUUAAAUUCGCCGAAGCACAAAAAAAAGUACAGUAUAUGGGCCUGCCAAAAGAGUCGGACUGCGGCCACUUGUCUGAGACUCCUUCCGCAUUUUCCUGCGGCUCCGAGGCAGUGACGUGCGCCUCUGAAGGCGGCGUAAGCGCCGGAGGAGCUGGAGGCUGCAGCGCCUCGGAGCGCAUCAGACUCGGCCCCUCCCCUCCGCGCUCUGCGGCGGCCCGCCCUACUCACACAAGAGCCCCGUCUGCGUUCUGCCCGAGACUGGGGGUGGGAGAAAGAAACCCGUACGGCCUUGGAAACUAAACAAAAAAAAUACAACAGGUCUUAUAUUAUGCAGAUGACCAGUGGAGACAAUGGAUGAAGAUGUGACGGCUCUCUCUCUCCAUUCCCAUGAGCCUAAGAUCAUAUUCCAUGGGACAGAAGAGGGUGAUGGAGAAGAUGAGGUGGUGGUAGAACUGCAGGAGUCGGUUCUCGUCUCUGACGUGGAGGGUGAGAAGAUUGCCGUGCACGGCCUCGCCCAUGAGGAGCUGGUCAUCCAGGAAGCCAUCGAGGAUGUGGUGGCGGAGUAUGUGCCAUGCUCAGAUGAUGACGAAGAGCUGAGCACCAUUGCGGUGGAGACCUGUGUGAUGUCACCUGAUGAUGUGGCUCUGGAGGAUGAAGGGCUGCGGGUUGAUGUGGUGACUGACGCUCAGGUACAGGAGGAUCCUGACACCUGUGGAGACUACCUCAUGAUCUCUUUGGAUGAGGCUGGAAAGGUGGUUUCUGAUGAGGAUGCUAAAGUCACCAUUGAAGGCACUUUAGAAGACUCAGAGGAUGUGGACAAGGAUGAUGAGGGUCAAGAGGUCAUCAAAGUAUACAUUAUCAAGGCUCACCCAGGGGAGGAUGACUUGGGAGGCACUGUUGACAUAGGAGACACUGAGCUUGAUGUAGAUGAUACCAUGGAGCUGGUGGAUUCCUCUGGAAUGCCUAUAAGAGAGAAGAUGGUUUACAUGUCAAUGGAUGAAGCCAAUCAAAACCAGGAUGACAUCAAUGUGGCUAAAAUCACAGAUGAGGUCUACAUGGAAGUGGUGGUGGGUGGUGAGGACCCUGGAAAUGCUCAGCGGACACUUGACAGCGCAUCACUCGAGAAAGACUUCAUGCCUGUGGCCUGGGCAGCUGCUUACAGUGGGGAGGAGAGUGAAAGCUGUGAGAACCGGAAUGGAGCAGCUAGUGCUCUGCUGCACGUGGAUGAGUCUGACAUGAUCGAAAGACUCAGUCGUCAACGAAGCAAGAACAAGAGCAAAAGACGUUCUGAACUUCGUCACGUUCAGACAGCAAUCAUUAUUGGACCAUACGGCCAGCCUCUUACGGUGUACCCUUGUAUGCUGUGUGGGAAGAAGUUCAAGUCACGUGGUUUCCUCAAGCGCCACACCAAGAAUCACCAUCAGGAUGUUGUAAACCGAAAGAAAUACCAGUGCACGGACUGUGAUUUCACCACUAACAAAAAAGUCAAUCUCCACAACCACAUGGAGAUCCACACCCUCAGCAGUAAAGCACCAUUUGAGUGUGAAGUGUGCGGAAAGGAGUUCCACCAGCAGGCGACGCUGUUCUCCCACCGUCUGCAGCACCACCACCGAGACUCCAAGCUUCAGAUCUCACCACCCACCACCAAAAUGCACAAGUGCAAGUUCUGCGAAUAUGAAACAGCAGAACAAGGACUUCUCAACCGACACCUGCUCGCCGUUCACAGCAAGAAUUUCCCUCAUAUUUGCGUAGAAUGUGGGAAAGGCUUCCGGCAUCCUUCGGAGCUGAAGAAACACAUGAGGACCCACACCGGCGAAAAGCCGUACUCCUGCCUUUACUGCGACUACAAAUCGGCCGACUCAUCUAACUUAAAGACGCACGUGAAGACUAAGCAUAGCAAAGAGAUGCCCUACAAGUGUGACCGCUGUUUCCAGACGUUCGCCGAACACGAUGAGCUGUUACAACACGGACUGACGCACGAGGAAGCCAAAACGCACCAUUGCACUCACUGUGACCAUAAAAGCUCCAAUUCCAGUGACCUGAAGCGCCACAUCAUUUCAGUUCACACCAAAGACUAUCCACAUAAAUGUGAAGUCUGUGGAAAAGGCUUCCAUCGGCCGUCCGAGCUCAAGAAGCACUCGGCCGCCCAUAAGGCUAAGAAGUUACACCAGUGUAGGCAUUGCAAUUUCAAAAUCGCAGAUCCAUUUGUUCUCAGUCGACAUAUUUUGUCAGUGCACACCAAGGAGCAGCAGGCUUUUCCUGACAAAAAGGGUCUUAAGAAGACGUUUGCACUCAGUGCUCAUGGGGGUAAGAAAAUUUUGGGCGGCGCCGGUUUGUCCAAGGGCCAUCGGGAGCGCCGGGUAUACCAGUGCCAGUAUUGCGACUACAGCACAGGUGAUGCGUCUGGCUUCAAAAGGCACGUGAUCUCCAUUCACACCAAAGACUAUCCUCACCGCUGUGACUUCUGCUCAAAAGGCUUCCGAAGACCAUCGGAGAAGAAUCAGCACAUCAUGCGGCAUCAUAAAGACCUAAUGCCUGCCAUGUGACCUUUGCAACGGCUGCCAUAGCGACACCAAUCAGAGAGCCAUCAGGAAAAGGUCUGUUCUGAUGUAGCUGUGGUCUUCAGGGCCAAAAGCUGACCGUUGGAAAGCCAACUAGAGGCUAUUUCAGAGAAAGAGGAAAAAUCCACCUUUUACACUGCUGUAAUGUUUUGAAGACGCAUUAAUCCAAAGUUUAAUCAACCUUUCUUGAGAGUUUAAAUCAGAAAAACUAACCGUUGUUCUGACCAGCUUUAGAUUUAAUGCGAAAAUAGAUUAACUUGCAUAUUAAAUUAUCAAGGGUGGACGUUAAGUUUUAUGUUGGAGCGUCUGCUUAUAAAUUUGAAUUAUGACUCCUGUAUCGCAUGUUACGCAAACCAUGUUUGAAUAGCAUUGAUGAUUGUGGCGUGUUUGUGCACAUGCGUUUACAAGUACGGAAGUGCUAAUGCUUUAUUGACUGGUUUCUUAGCUUCAGAUAAGCAGAAUGUCUAAUUAAAAUGAAUUGGAAAUACUCAUCUUAUGCACUGGCUGCUAAAAAAAUGUUUUAAUUUGAGAGAAAAUGGCUGUUCAGCCCAGGUAGGGUUUGGGGAAACUCAGUUUUCAUCAAUGCAAAAGGUUCUUCUAACCAAAACGCAUCGCCAACAUUGGCAAAUUGACAAAUUCCAGCUGAUAUUUAAUAAAGAAAAUGACUAGAAUGUAAUGUAGAACAGGUUUUCUUGAUAAUAUUCACAAGAAAGAAUUAUAUUGCAAAUAGUUCUCAGCUCAUAAGAGAUGAUGAGAUUUGAUCAGUGCAGCCGAAUGGCUGGUAAUCUAAAUUUGUUUUAAUUUAGACGCUAGUAUGUUUGUGUAUUUCUUGAAUGUUGCCGUUUGGCUUCUGGUCUGUUUGUUGUAAAACUCACCCUCAAAUUAUUAUUAUUAUUAUUAUUAAGACGUUUAGGGUAAAUUUUAUUUUUUACACAGAUACUGAAAAUGUAUAAUUUGGAAUAAGAGAUUCUAAAAGAUGUUAUGUUAUGUGUAUAAGAAAUAUUUGUAAAUACAGAAGUAAUAAACAGUAUUUUGUGUCCAAAA